AUGGCAAUUGCUUUGGCUGAGGCGGAUAAGUAUGAGUUAUUGGAGAAGAUUGGAUGUGGUUCUUUUGGGGUGAUUCGCAAGGUCAAGCGGAAAUCAGAUGGAUUCAUUCUUUGCCGGAAGGAAAUCAACUAUAUCAAAAUGUCCCAGAAAGAGCGCGAGCAGCUCACGGCCGAAUUUAAUAUCCUGAGCUCCCUUCGGCACCCAAACAUCGUCGCGUACUACCAUCGAGAACACCUGAAGGCGACUCAAGAUCUGUAUUUAUACAUGGAAUACUGUGGCGGGGGUGAUCUUAGCAUGGUCAUCAAGGAUCUCAAACGGUCGAACAAAUAUGCAGAUGAGGAAUUCGUCUGGCGCAUUCUGUCGCAGCUGGCUACCGCCUUGUACCGGUGCCAUUACGGUGUUGAUGCACCAGAAGUCGGUUCGAAUGUCCUGGGGCCACCACCUAAACCCUCUGGUCUCAAAGGAAAGCAAGGGCAGGUCACCAUUCUGCACCGCGAUCUGAAGCCCGAAAACAUUUUCCUUGACACCGAUAACUGUGUCAAGCUUGGUGAUUUUGGUCUAUCAAAGCUUAUGCGGUCCCAUGACUUUGCAUCGACUUAUGUUGGGACACCCUUCUAUAUGUCUCCCGAGAUUUGCGGUGCUGAGAGAUACACUCUUCGCUCCGACAUCUGGGCUGUCGGCUGCAUUAUGUAUGAACUGUGCCAGAAGGAACCGCCAUUCAACGCCAGAACCCAUAUCCAGCUUAUUCAAAAGAUUCGUGACGGGAAGUACGCACCUCUUCCAGAUAAAUAUUCACCAGAGUUGAAGAAUGUCAUCGCGAGUUGUCUCCGAGUCAAUCCAGACCACCGUCCAGACACUGCGGCCUUGGUUAACCUUCCUAUCAUCCGCCUGAUGCGCAAAGAGAAGGAAGUAACUGAUCUCGGGAAGAUAUUGCGAAAGCGAGAAGAAACCGCACUCCAAAAAAUGAGGGAAAUAGAGCAGGCCCACGCGAGGCUAGAAAAGGAGAAGCAAUUGUUGAGGGCUGAAAUAGACAACACCGUUCGCCGGGAAUGGGAAGUAAAAGCGAGACUGGAGAUUGAUCGACAGGUUCGAAUGGAACUUGACAGGCUUAGAAAGAGAUUCGAGUUGGAGGUUCAGGAAAGGGUUGAUGCCGAAAUCGGGAAAUUUAAGAGGGAAGCUGCCUUCAGGGCAAGCAAUCCAGACUCUCAAUCUUCAGCCAGCAGUAGCAACGACACCGAUUUUCCUUCCAGCACCGACAUUAGCCAGUUAUCAUUGGAAUCACCGACCCCAGAUGCAAACAAGCCCACGAAAAAAGAAACACGCACACCAUUCAGUCGUUCCAAGACUGUGGUCGAUUCUCCCAUGGACAUUCAGAUGGCCGAACCCUCUCCUAUUUCGAUUGCAUCGCUUUCACUGUCACCGCGUCGUGCCUCGGGAGCCUUUGCGGAAGGAGACCGACAAAAGUCAAGAUGGGAGCCUACCAUGAUACACUCCGAUGACGAUGACGAUACUCCUGAUCUAGCUUCUCCUACUCGUCCUCGAGUACGGCCAGAUCCUCUCAGAGCACCCCACCGACCAUUGCUUCGGCAGAAUACCACCACCAUGAUGCGAAAUAUGGGCAGCCAGCCUCCUAUUUUUCCUCCGAAUCCUUCCCGGUUGCCCCAGAUGUCUCCAACUCAGGGUGAGGGUAAAGCAAGAUCACCACAUCGCCGUCUUUCCAAGAUUCCGUCCUCUGCGAAUCUCGCCGCCGAUGCAGGAUCUCCCACCCGCAAGAAGUCUACCAAGCAACUUCCUUCCAAGGCCCAUAGCGGUGGCGAUGGGAUGUAUAAAGCUGUGAUGCAACGCAAUAUGGGUGGCCGUACUUUGGUGGAACUGGCCCAGGCAAGAGGCAACGGUCGCCCUGCCGACGAUGCUAAACGACGCUCCAGCGACUCUCAUACUACGGCAACUGCGGUUUUGAAAUCUUCCUGCGAAUAUGACCCACCAGCAGUGUGGGACCCAGAAAAGGACGAGAUGCCCAGUCCUUUCCUGGCGCGUGGGAAGAAAGUUAUCCGCAAUUUCAGCCCUGUGGGUGAUCCGUCUUUAUUUUCUUUGUUCCUCUUUCCAGUAUGUCUCAUCGGUCAGGCGUUGGUCAUCUGGUUUUGGAGUUUACCGUUGGAGUGA